GUCUGUUUUGGCGUCAAAAUGGUGGAUGUGUUGUCAAAACAAUGAUGCUUUGAACGCAUUUUAUACAAUGACUGCCGUGGAACAAUAUCCUGCCUUUUCUGCAUUUGAGAAUCAACUGAAAACGUUAUGUUUAAAAGAAUUCCCAUGUGGAAUAGGCAGCUGGAGAGAAUCAGGAAAAACCCCUAAGGAUAGGGUCACUAAGGCAGUUAAAGUCACUAAGGUCAAUGGCAUUCCACAGGUCAGGAAGAAAUCAUUUAAGCCACCUAAUGACCCAACAAGAUACGAGUUUUCUGUAACACACCAGGAUUAUGUUGUUCAGCAUGUUAAGACAGAGAGUCUUCAAGAAUAUGUCACUUCAAAGUUUUCUCCAUGGCACUUAGAUUACAGCUGGAGUGAGGAGGCGAAACAACUUAGAGAAAUUGCUGUCAAAUCUCCAUGGCUAAUAGAUGACAAUUUUAUACUCAAUCAUUUUAGAACAAUCAGAAUAUUAGAUAAAAAUGUCACAGAAGUGGAUCCUAAUAUUCUCAAGUUUCAAAACCUAGAAGAGCUGACAUUAAGUGCUAAUUACAUUCAGAACAUUCCUUCUAAGAAUUUGCCAUCCAUGCUGAAGGUACUGGAACUGUGCGCUAAUGACAUCAGUGAUAUUUCUUCCCUGUGUGAGAAACCUCCACGUUUGACUCAUCUUGGUCUGGGAUUCAACAAGAUCACUUACAUCAAAGAUUAUCUCACUGGAGAUUAUUGGCCGAACCUCCUGUCUCUUGAUCUAAGUCACAACAACCUCAGUGAUCUCGUCAACUGUGUCAGGAAACUGUCAUCUCUGCCUAAACUCAGAAAUCUUAUACUGCAAGGCAACCCACUUUCACUGAUACCUGGGUACCGAGGAUACAUCAUUGAUGUGAUGCGAAAGUUGAGUAUUUUAGAUGACAUCAGUAUAUCCGCUGAUGAGAAGCAUCAUUUUAAGGGACUGGCUCGACGAAAAGAAUACAUUCUUGAUGAAGCAAAAAUUAUCCUUGAAGUUUCGACAUUGAAAGGGUUACCAAUGCCUGAGGAAAUUAAGAACCCAGAGGAUCAGCUAGAAUAUCCAAUAAUAGAGCGCACGUUCUUCGUGCAGUUCAUGUUUCUGGAAGACAGUGAGAGUAAGCUGGAGGUUUGUACAAUCCCACUCCAAGGCAGCAACGUUCCAUCAACACUUGGGGACACUGAGCGAAAACAUGUUGGAGAAAUCACCGAGAGGGAGGUGGCUGAAUCUCACUCGGAGGAAACAGGGAGCAGUCAGUUGGAGAAAAAUGUUGCCUUCAACAGCAAAGCUGAUAUGAAGACUGUGGAAAACAUUCAGGACACAGACUUAGGGAUACCUUCAUUACAGCUAGAUGAUGAUGUUCUUCAGACUGAAAGUAGUGCACGCAAGGUUGAGAUGGAUGAAGACCUGUCAAAGGUGAAUGUUGCUCCAAUCAGGUCGGCGGCAUGUACUUGGGCAGAGGAAGUGGAACUGAAGUGGUCGACAACACUGUUCCGCGAUAAUCUUCUUGCUCUGAGGAAUUUCUUUAAGCAAGGGAUGAAGUUCAAAGUUCUCGAGCAAGUGAUUUUGUGUUACCCCCUGGAAGAAGAAGAGUCUGAUAACGCGAGUAAUGCUGGGUCACGGAAGGGAGCUAGGACCAAGACACCAGAAAAAAAAGUGAAAGAUGCUAAGGGAGGUAAAAAGGAUGACAAGAAGAAAAAGAAGAAAGGUGAACCCGAGUUGAAACUGAGGCGAACUCCACCUCAGAUAAAGCUGUUGGCCAGUUUUCACAUGCCGCUGGAGGAUUUCCUUGAGGGAGAAUUUGAAUACGAGAAGAACUACAUUCAUGGUUCAGCCGAGACGGCGUCCACUAUUGCAAGCAGAGACAGUCCUGAGCCAGGGAAGAAGAAUGAAAAGAAGGAUAAAGAUGGCAAGAAGAAAGAACCAUUAUCCCCCAAAAGAAAAGAUGCAAAAGGCGCACCUAAAGGCAAAGAGCCUGACAAGAAAGUAGACAAAAAACGCAAGUCGAUUAUUCCCCCAACUGAAGACGAAGUGCCAGAGAUACCUCCACCCCCUCUCGAGGUUCAAGUUGCUGUACGGUUACAUCACUGGACAACAGCCCAAGACUCUUUAAAAGAGGAGGAAGAAAAGAAACAAGCAUUACAGGAAGGAAAUUAACUCUGUGCAAUCCUAUAGAAUGUUACUAUAUAAUACAAUCUAGUACAGUAAAGAAUAAGAUUCUUUGAAAAUAAAGGUUACUAAACACUAAAUGAUUAAGAAAAACUUAAGUAAAAUAUUUGUGUAAAUCUAUUGAAAAGUCCAACAUAUAGUUUAAAUAUGCAUUUCAGUAUUUCACCUAUGCAAUACAGACAUCUGUUGAGAAAUGAAAUAGAAAUGGAGUGAACACAGACUGAAAUCAGUUUAAUAUAAACUGCAAAUGUCAUCAAAAAAUAAGCUUAUUAAAAUUGCUAGAUUUAUUUUUCCUAAUUUAAAAAAAUUAAAUGUUACAACUUGUUGAUGUGUAAAGCCUAGUUCUGUAGGAAUCGUAUAACACUUUGACCCGAAGUUUAAGCAACAUGUUAAACCUCUCGAACACCACAUAUAGUGGAUUGUGAAAUGGAUCCAUGGAGUAUCAUUAUUCAUAAAAUGUGUUUACAGUUUCAGUUAUACAAAGUGAUGGUUUUUACAGAGUGCCGAUUUAGAUAAAUGCUGUUUAGAAAGUGAACAGCAGUAUUUAUUGACAUUUUUACGAGUGUACGAACGACAUGCUGGGGCAGGGAUAUUGCCAAUAUAUGUUGUUACAACAAAAAUAAUUUCUUGGUUGUUCAUUUUAAAUGCAUCUAUUUAGUGUCAUUGUUUUGCUCAUCAUUAUACAUGUUUUUAAAAUGGAUAAUAUGCAUGUGUUUGAGCCAAUGUAUAUGCUUGGUAACCACAGCCACAACUAACUACAAAGUACAACACCUUCGGACCGCUAUGUCAAUUGACCAUAAAAAUGGUGAACAUCUUUGAAAAUAAAUUACAGUUUAGGCCUACUCAUUCUUUUAUCAUUUAUUAGGUAACAAGAUAUAAAAGGAAUGUAUUGUUACACAACAUCCCAGCACACCGUCAGAAUGUGUUUGUGUGUGUGUGUGUGUGUGUGUGUGUGUGUGUGUGUGU